CAAUAAGCCAUAGAGGGAAACAGAGAACCUCAAUAGAGGUGUCCAACAUAUGGUCAAGGUGACCACUGCCGCAGCGUGUGGAUGCCAAGACUUUCGGACUUGCGCUUUCUUCUCCGGUCAAACUAAUUGCUCGACAUCAAAACUACCAGACAGGAGAUACUCGAACACCAAAACACUGCUCGGAUUAUCCAGCUCAUCGAAAACCUACUGGAACCAUCUAAACUGGAUCAAGGUUCUCCCUGCAUCUUGCGGCGACAUUGAACAUUCUUGUGGAAAAAAGAAACCUCACUCUCUCUCUCUCUCUCUCUCCCUCUACGCGGGACUUUGAAAGCCAUCUCCAAAAACUCAUCGCAACAACGCGAAUUUGAGAGACAAGACUGGAAACAAUACAAAAGGAUCACGUCUUUGAGCAAAGAAAAUUUCCCCGCCUUGUGAUACCGGAUCAUGCUGGACAUUGGAAAAGAAACCACUCUUCCAGCGCCAAAAUGUUAUUUUAGCAGCACAACACUUCCCUCUUACCUUGACCCCGCUCAACAACCUACGAAAAAGGCGCCAUUCAAUCUAUUGCAUAGCGCGCCCUACUACAACACUCUGACUUUCCUAUCACCGACUUCUUCGACACUGACGUCAACUCUCUCUGGUCUAGCAACGAGAUAUGCAAAAUUACAGUUAACGUUACUGGAUCUUCUGACAGGAGACUUGUUCAACAAACACAUCAAGACAGGGAAUGUGUUGUUGUACUCAACACCCCUCCAUCUCUCAACUUCCUCAUCUUCAGCAACUUUCACCCUGAUAGAUGGUAUUCUCACCAUUCUUUGCGAUAAAGCAAGCUAUGAACGAGCAGGACUCCAAGGCACGUCCAUCCCAGACCCUCACGCCAGAAAACACGGACAAUCAAAAUACAAGACCGAAAUGAACCUCCGCCUUCCCUCCAUGCUGGCAGGGAAAAAGGGGUUUGAGAGAUUGGUAAGAGCGGCAAGAGAUGUCUUUACGGGUGAAAUUAGCUGGUUAUUCUACGACAAGUCUACUUUUGGCGUUGAUGCAGAAGAUGACAGUCUUGGUGUAAGUUCACACGUCGAAAAUGUUGUACCCGAGACGAUGGAUAUGGAGAAUGUCUGCACUCCUCACUGGCCAAAAGACAUGGGCAAGAAAGCGCAAGAUGACGUUAUGGAGGUGUUGGAAUGGCUGACUCUCGCCGCUAUAUCUUCUCCUCGUAUACAACAAGCAGAUGUGGUAGAUGAGAUUAUUUCCCGCUAUGAGCCGCCUGAGGAGUCUUCACCACAGAAUAUCACGAAAACCUCCUUUACAGGCUUCUUGCCAACGAGAUUCGUGGCGGAUGCUUUUGCCAAAGCUGUUAUUACAUCACAAGGAGAGUGGUUUGCGGUCUUGGUGCAAGGGUUUGGAGGAAAUGGCGAGCAAGGCAAGAAAUUUGUAGUGUUGAAGACGGAGGAUGGGAGGGCGUCGAGUUGGGAUGUCGAGGGUUGAUGGGUGUUCAGUAAAGUAAGCAGAAGAAAUGUACGAGAGCGGCAGCAACGGAAGGGGAUUAUAAUAGCAUGUCUUGACGAAGGGAGCGAGGGGUAACGAUUAUCAUAAGCUCGCUGACAUGAAAUGUGACAACAUUCAACAAGAUCAGACGAGCCUUCUGGCAAGAUCAAUCAAGGUGUUU